AUGCACAUAUCGCUAAGGCUUCCGAGGCUGCCCUCCCUCCUCGAGUCCUAUACAUGCCGUGCUUUCCUCAUCUUUCUGAUUCCAUAUGCACUUCUAGUAUACUUUGCGCGCCUAACAAGUUGGCGAGACCCAACAUCACUUUUCUUCCGAGAAAAUGAGGCCUACGAGCCUUCAUAUUCUAAUUUACGUGCGGCGGAGGGUUUGACAUUGAUCGAAGAAGCUAACAAUGCGACGGAGGCUCCCCACGUCAAGGCAUCUCCGAACCCUACGAUGUGUGUAGGGUUUGCCUCCGUCGCACGGGAGGGUGUAAGCUACUUCCAGAGUGCGGUCGGAUCGGUGCUGGCGGGGCUUGAUCCUGUAGAGAGAGGUGAUAUAUUUCUCAUUCUAUUCAUUGCCCAUACAGAUCCCACACAGCACCCGGUCUACUCGGAGCGAUGGGUGCAUGAGCUGGUUGAUAAAGUUCUGCUCUAUGAUGAAAACGAUAUUGAUAUCGACCACAUCCGCAGUCUUGAAACAGCCGAGGCCAGGACUCUAGCUCUCGAGAAAGGUUUACUGGACUACACCUAUCUUCUAAAAGCAUGUACAGCUAUCGGUACUCCGUACACUGUUAUGCUUGAGGAUGAUAUCAUCGCUCUGGAUGGCUGGUAUCAUAGAACAAAGGAAGCCAUCAGUGCUGUCGAGCGGCAAACAGCUGAGAAGAAAGCAUCGAAAUGUGAGUUCUGA